AUCCCUGCCCCCUUGCAACUCCCCUCCCACAUUUUCAAUUAGCCCCUGAUGGGUGGAGUAAUGCAAUCAGGGCUAAGUUCUACCCGCCCGGAGGGUUCCGACUCAGUCUGGCCCAGACUCCGCACAGGCACACAUUCCUCUGACAGGAAGGUGAGUGACCUUUAGGUCAACAUGACUGAGCGCUACGACUGCCACUACUGCAAGGAAUCCCUUUUCGGGAAGAAGUACGUCCUGCGGGAGGAGAAUCCGUACUGUGUGAAAUGCUACGAGAGCCUGUACUCCAACACUUGCGAGGACUGCAAGAAGCCCAUCGGCUGCAACACCAGGGAUCUGUCCUACAAAGACCGUCACUGGCAUGAAGACUGUUUCAAGUGCUUCACGUGCAAACGCUCGCUGGUGGACAAGCCGUUCUCCACCAAGGACGAGCAGCUGCUCUGCACCGAGUGCUACUCCAACGAAUAUUCCUCCAAAUGCCACGAGUGCAAGAAGACCAUCAUGCCGGGCUCCAGGAAGAUGGAGCACAAGGGCAACAGCUGGCACGAGACCUGCUUCACGUGCCAGAGAUGCCAGCAGCCCAUCGGCACCAAGAGCUUCAUCCCUAAGGACAACCACAACUUCUGCGUGCCCUGCUACGAGAAGCAGUUUGCCAUGCAGUGCAUCCAAUGCAAGAAGCCCAUCACCACCGGUGGAGUGACCUACCGCGACCAGCCCUGGCACAAGGACUGUUUCCUGUGCACCAGCUGCAAACAGCAGCUGUCCGGUCAGAGGUUCACCUCUAGAGACGACUUUGCCUACUGCCUUAACUGCUUCUGCAACCUAUACGCCAAGAAGUGUGCCUCCUGCACCACCCCCAUCAGCGGUCUCGGCGGCAGCAAGUACAUCUCCUUCGAGGAGCGCCAGUGGCACAACGACUGCUUCAACUGCAAGAAGUGCUCUGUGUCUCUGGUGGGCCGUGGCUUCCUGACUGAGCGCGAUGAUAUUCUCUGCCCAGACUGCGGCAAAGAUAUCUAAUCGACAACUAAGUGAUCACAUCAACAAAGAAAAACAAGCAAAGCAACAUUGUUGGGGAAGAUAAAAGCAAAUAGAAGAGCUUGCAAAUGACCUUCGUGGAGAAACGUUGCAGUUUAGGCUCUAAUGCUACUAAUGAGAAUGGAAGUUAGCUGCAUUUAUGUAAAGAUUUUAGCUUUGUAUGAAGUAUUUAAAAUGCUAAUGCAUUCAAGUUGCUUUGAAAUAUUUCUGCUCCCUGCAUGGACUAACUUGAUUAGUGAGGCUUUGUGAUCAAAUUAUUGGAAAUCUUGUGAGAUCUUGUGUUGGUUGAAAGCAAGCCGAAGCACAUUAAGAAUAAACUGAUGAUGCCGUGUCUGCUCUCAUAUCCAUAUAUCAUACCAUAUGUUACAAUAAAACUUUACGACGGCAAGUGGCCUUAAACACUCAACAGUCACUGUAACAUUUCGCUUCAAUAAAAUCAUGAAAAACGGUUCUACAGAAGUUAACUA